CCCUGCUCUUUUUUCCCAGCCGACUUUUCCAUCAAAUCUGUGUAUUUAAAAAAACUGCGACGACGCCAUUAUUAACUUAUACAGAUAUCUCCAUCGCUCUUCCACCCCAACAAUUAAAAUGGAUGCAUCAGCUUCAAACAAGCUCCUUUUCAUCUUUCUCCUUUCUCUCUGCUCAUCAGGGUCAUUCCUCGCAAGUGCAAAAAGGAUACACAACCGCAGAAAGUUGAUCCAAACAACUCAACAUGACACCAUGAAUCCUCCUUUCACAGCUACUCCGGUAACUAAUCCAGUGACCACCCCAGUAACCAAUCCGGUGACCACACCAGCCACCGGAACCUACCCACCGCCACUAGUCACCAUUCCUUCCGCCAAUCCAGUCACCGGCACACCCAUUCCGCCCGCCACAGACCCCACCCUCCCGCCCGGAGGCGGCCAACCAGCAGUCAGCACAUAUCCACCAGUCCAAGCGGGGGGGCAGAGCUGGUGCGUGGCACGGGGCGGGGUGCCUGAGUCUGUUCUGCAGAUAGCACUUGAUUAUGCAUGUGGGAUUGGAGGGGCGGAUUGCUCCGCUAUUCAGGACGGCGCCGCCUGCUCUAGUCCAACCACUUUGGAGAAUCACGCAUCCUAUGCAUUCAACGCCUAUUAUCAGAAGAAUCCAGCUCCAACUAGCUGUGAUUUCGGUGGAGCUGCCACCCUCACCAAUGCCAAUCCAAGCUCCGGUUCUUGCGUUUUCCCAACAUCAUCGUCGGCAUCACCGGCAACGGUGUCAACUCCGGGGACAGACUUUUCAUCGGGAGCAGCACCAGCUGGGUUUGGUGGUACAGGUAUUCCUCCAACGGUUUUGAACUCGAGUAACCCGGCACUGGGAGGCGGCAUCGAUGGCUACGGUGAAACUCCUCCCACCGCCAGCAUUUCUUCGGCUUCCGUGACGAUGGCUGGCUUUAUCACCUGCAUCAUUCUGCCACUAUCUACUAUUCUUCAGUUGCGUUUAUGAGUUAGGAACGUAUACAAGUUUUGGGCUGUACAGUUCUUUGCGGGAUAUAUUACUCAUCAAUUUCUAGUGCCCUUUUACUUCUAUUCUAUGUGUAUUCCCACUACCACUAGCUCUGCAUAUACGAGAUGAUAUAACGUAUACAUUAAUUUCCUAGACAAAUUGAUUUGUAUAUUAUGUAGCAACGGGAGGAGCUUGCAAUAUAUAUAUAAGAUGAACAACUAUAUUAUUUGAUGAUCAAAA